AGUGCCAGCGCCAGGCUCCGUUCGGGUGGCCUCUCUCUCUCCCCUUCUCCCUCUCUCUCCCCCGAGGCUAUGUCCGCCCGGCGCGGCGAGGGGGGCAGCGCCAGAGGCACGCAGCCGCGCGGGGGCUACAGAGCCCAGAGCCAGCCCUACAAGAUGCACUUAGGACCCCCGCGGCUGGAAGAAUGAGCUUGUCCUUCCUCCUCCUCUUCCUCAGCCACCUGAUCCUCAGCGCCUGGGCUCAAGGGGAGAAGCGCCUCGCCCCCAAAGGGCAACUCGGACCCGCUGCCACGGAGAAGAUCCCGGGAGGCUCCCGCAGCCGCCGGAACAGCAGUAGCACCACGUCUUCCUCCGCCUCCUCCCCCGCGACUCCUCCGGGCAGCCCAGGAAGCGGCUUGGAGCAGAGCAGUUUCCAGUGGACGCCCUCGGGACGCCGGACUGGCAGCCUCUACUGCAGAGUGGGCAUCGGCUUCCAUCUGCAGAUCUACCCGGAUGGCAAAGUCAAUGGCUCCCACGAAGCCAAUAUGUUAAGUAUUUUGGAAAUAUUUGCUGUGUCUCAGGGGAUUGUAGGAAUACGAGGAGUUUUCAGCAACAAAUUUUUAGCGAUGUCAAAAAAAGGAAAACUCCAUGCAAGUGCCAAAUUUACAGAUGACUGCAAGUUCAGGGAGCGAUUUCAAGAAAACAGCUACAACACCUAUGCCUCAGCAAUACAUAGAACUGAAAACACGGGGCGCGAGUGGUACGUGGCCCUGAACAAGAGAGGGAAAGCGAAACGGGGCUGCAGCCCCAGGGUGAAACCCCAGCACAUCUCCACCCACUUCCUGCCAAGGUUCAAGCAGUCUGAGCAGCCAGAACUCUCUUUCACAGUGACUGUUCCUGAGAAGAAGAAGCCACCUAGUCCAGCCAAGCCCAAGGUCCCGACCCUUUCUGCGCCCCGGAAGAGUCCCAACACAGUGAAAUACAGACUCAAGUUCCGUUUUGGAUAAUGUUCCUCUUGGCCUUGUGAGAAGCCACAGGCCCCCUCAGGAGUUUCCACAGGUGUCCUUACAGCUCUGGAGAGAAAGGUGGACACAGCUUCAGCUCCACUACACCGCAGGGAAGUCAGGUCAUUUGUUUCAGUGGGACUGAAACACAAAUGUUUGCUGGUAGGAACUGAACUGGAAUUCUUUGUACGGAUACAGGGAGCACACUGCCUCAGUUCAGCAAGACAGGAAGCUUUUUGCUGUAUGCUUAGUGCAUACUAGGACUCUGUUUUCAAGAAGUUAAACAGUGUGGACAAUGUAUUUUUCUGACUUUUACAGAUCAACCCAAAAGAACAUACAUGACAUGUGUCUAUUUUUUGUUUG